GAUGGGACUGUAUGACGUUACUCCCCAACUUUCUCAUUCGAGUUUACGAGUUUAGUUCCCGUAUGUGUUCCAUUCCAAAUAUAUACAAAACUUUACUGUUUGACUUCAAAUAAACAGUACGAUAUAAGCGGUACACUUUGGAAGUGAAAUGGAAGAAAUUUGUUUGUCUGAUAUAGAGAACAAACUGGUUGAUUUUAAUAGAGCUUUUAAGUGAAAAACUUGUUAAGUGUGCUGUGCAGAAGGUGAUAAACGAAUUUUCUACAUAUAUCCAUAUUACCAGGCACAUUAUGACUUUUAGAUGAUUCAAUGUUAAAUUUAUUAAUUUGUAUAUAGCAGAAUCCGUCAUCUACAAACAAAAUGAGAAGAUCAAGGCGGAUAUCAAGACUAAAAGGUAGCAGUAGAUGGCAGCACAGGACCACGUGCUGAGACAAGAUGGCGGUGGGCGCGAACAUGCGAGGUGGCGGACCCUUAUCGCGUCUUCUUGUCCUAGCUGUUUUACAUGUCAAUUUUAUUGCUCUAGGUCUGGAACCGGACUUCCUAUACCCUUUAGAGAACGUGACCAUCGCCCAGGGCCGGGACGCAAUGUUCACGUGUGUGGUGAAUAACCUUGGUGGUUACAGGGUGAGUGGCGACUCCGCCACUGCCAGGGUUGCGUGGAUCAAGGCGGAUACAAAAGCGAUCCUGGCUAUCCACGAGCACGUGAUAACGAACAAUGCGCGGUUGAGCGUCACGCACAACGACUACAACACUUGGACGCUUAACAUCAGAGGGGUGAAAAGGGAGGACAGAGGACAAUAUAUGUGCCAAGUUAAUACAGAUCCGAUGAAAAUGCAGACAGCAUUUUUAGAAGUGGUUAUACCACCAGAUAUAAUAUACGAAGAAACAUCAGGAGACAUGAUGGUGCCGGAAGGCGGGUCAGCUAAGCUGGUCUGCAAAGCAAGAGGUUACCCGCCUCCAAAGAUUGUAUGGCGAAGAGAAGAUGGCGGCGAUAUCAUAUCAAGAGGUGGUCCGCAAGGGAAAACCAAAGUAACGUCACUGGAAGGUGACAUAGUAAAUUUGACGAAAGUAACCCGGUCCGAAAUGGGUGCUUAUUUGUGCAUCGCAGCUAAUGGUGUUCCUCCAUCUGUCAGCAAAAGAAUAAUGCUUCAUGUUCAUUUUCAUCCCUUAGUACAAGUGCCAAAUCAACUGGUGGGGGCACCGACAGGCACAGAUGUCACGCUACAGUGUCAUGUGGAGGCAUCGCCUAAAGCCAUUAACUACUGGACAAGAGAAAACGGUGAAAUGAUAAUAUCGAACGACAAGUACCAGAUGAGUGAGAUCAAUAGCUCGGCUUACAGCGUUCAGAUGAAGCUUAUAAUCCGGCAUAUACAACGCAGCGAUCUCGGUGGAUACAAAUGUAUCUCCAAAAACUCUAUAGGUGAUGCAGAAGGCAAUAUUAGAUUAUAUGAAAUGGAGCUACCAAAUCGCAAAUCGCAGGACGACGACGAACGUGAAAAUUCCCUAGAGGAAACAAACGACGUGCGUUCUAGUCUCCAGGGUUCACUUCGCGAAGGUGGACCCCGAGCAGAAGACGCCGGCUUCCUGGGCGGGGAGGGCCUAUCUUCCAGGUCAGGAACACACGCGUCCUCAUACACAAUACUGUUAAUAUCAGUCGCAAUAUACGCCACAUGUUAAACUUUCUCCUUAAAGCCAUGCGCAAAGUUAAGCUCCUUGACUGAAAGUAACGCGGUUUAUAUCACGUAUUUAUUGUUCUUCCAACUUUUAUACAAGAUUUUCUCAUUUCUUUGGAAUCUAAAAUAUUGUUAUUGAACUUUUUGUCAUCAUUGCUACUAAAGUUUUUAUAUUGUUAUCAUUUAUGUUGACUUGUGCAUGGCUUGACAUUGUACAGAAUAUAGAAGUGUAUCCGUCAUUGAACUUUGGCAACGAUAUAGGUAUUGCCUAGAAUAACGAAAUAUAGAAUAUAAGGCAAUAUAAGGAGACUGUGGCAGUAUAUAAUUAUAUAAUUUAAAUAGAAUAAUGAUAGUGUCGUUUACAGAACCACGCCUGUAAAGAUAUUCUUGUAUGCUUUCAUAAUUGAUAUCGAGGGUGCAAUUAGCAACAGUUCCAUACGUUGCACCUGUGUCUGUUAACCUAAUAAUUAUUUAAAUAUAUAAAAUUAUGCUGUUGUCUGUUGUUAUUAGUUUAAAUAUAUGUUGUACCUAUGUUCAGUUUCAUUAUGUAGAUAUAUAUUGAAAUAUAUACGUAGAUGUAUAAUGGUUUUAUUGAUAUACGAAAAUAUUGUUUUUAA